GAAUGUUAACACUGCAUACUUAACGUUGCUUUUGAAAACGUUAGCUAUAAGUGAUAGCUUAAUUAUAAUAAUGUCCAAAACAACAAUAGAAGUAUUAUGCUAUAUAUUUCUGUGGUUAUUACCUUCAUGUCUAUCUCUUGACAACGGGUUGGCGCUGACGCCACCCAUGGGCUGGCUUACUUGGGAAAGAUUUAGGUGUAUCACAGACUGCAAGGCAUACCCUCAAGAAUGUAUAAGCGAAGCCCUCAUAAAACGUACUGCUGAUAUUAUGGUAAAAGAAGGGUAUCUGGCUGCUGGCUAUAACUACAUAGCCAUUGACGAUUGCUGGCUGGAGAGAGAACGCGAUGCUAAUAACCGUAUGGUGGCCGACCGACAUCGUUUUCCGAGCGGCAUCAAAGCGCUUGCGGGUUACGUCCAUGAGCGAGGUUUAAAGUUCGGGAUAUACCAGGACUACGGCACAAUGACGUGUGCGGGAUACCCAGGAGUGCUCGGCUAUGAGGAAAUUGAUGUAAAAACCUUUGCAGAAUGGGAUGUGGAUUAUAUUAAACUGGACGGAUGCUAUGUUGAUUCUACUAAAAUGGAUACAGGUUAUCCCGCUUUCGGCAAAUUACUGAAUGAGACUGGGCGUCCUAUGUUGUAUUCAUGCAGUUGGCCGGCGUACCAGGAUAAACCAAAUUACGAUUCGAUUGAGAGACAUUGUAACUUAUGGCGCAACUGGGGGGAUAUCGAUGACUCCUGGACAUCUGUGACGAGCAUUAUGAGUUGGUUCGCAAACAAUCAGGAUGAGCUGGUGAAGCACGCGGGACCUGGACAUUGGAAUGACCCGGAUAUGUUGAUAAUUGGUAACUUUGGUUUAUCAUUGGAUCAAGCUCGGGUACAGAUGGCUGUGUGGUCGGUGCUCGCUGCGCCACUCCUUAUGAGCGUAGACCUAGCCACCAUUCGCCCGGAGUUCAAGGAGAUACUCCUCAACAAGGAUAUCAUCGAGGUCGAUCAGGACCCUCUCGGGAAGCAAGGACUUCGAGUAUGGACCGGAUCCAAUUGCGAGAUUUGGACUCGAGAACUAUUUGACGGAUCUUACGCUAUAGCAUUCGUGAACUUGCGAGAGGACGGUGCUCCAUAUGCACUUAGUGUUAGGGCCCACCAUAUGAAGAUACCCAAACAAACUUAUAAAGUAAAGGAUCUAUACAAGGAAGAAGAAUCUAGAGUGUUUGGCGCAGAAGAUGUUUUCGAAACCCGAAUAAAUCCCACAGGUGUCCGUUUCUACAAGUUCACAAAAUGUGUAUCCCACGGAAGGAGAAUACGUGCAAAUAAAAACCAUUGUGUUGUUUAAUUCCGAUCUGGUGAUAUUUUACAAUUUUAGUAUUUUAAGCGAUUUGCUAAUUAAUUUUACGUGGUUAUGUAAUAAAUAUUUUUCCAAUGAAAACAAUAUCA